AUGGCGACGCUCUCGACAGCUUCCCGCCUGUGCCUGCUGAGGUCGGCCGCCGCCCGCAAGCCGGUCGCGCCGGCAGCGGUGCGGGCGCUCAGCACAACGGCCGCGCGCCCGGACGGCGGCGCGUCGUCGUACACGAGCCCGUUCCGGGGCGGCGAGUCGAGCGGCAACAAGAUCCCCGACUUUGGCAAAUACAUGUCCAAGAGCGGCGAGGACUCCACCAAGCUCUUUUCCUACUUCAUGGUCGGCGCCAUGGGUGCCAUUACGGCGGCGGGCGCCAAGAGCACUGUUCAGGAGUUUCUCGUCAACAUGUCCGCGUCUGCCGAUGUCCUGGCCAUGGCCAAGGUCGAGGUCGACCUGAAUGCCAUCCCCGAGGGCAAGAACGUCAUCAUCAAGUGGCGAGGGAAGCCCGUCUUCAUCCGGCACCGAACCCAGGACGAAAUCGACCAGGCCAACAAGGUCAACAUCGCCUCCCUCCGCGACCCGCAGUCCGACGAAGACCGCGUCAAGAAGCCCGAGUGGCUGGUCAUGCUGGGCGUCUGCACGCAUCUCGGCUGUGUCCCCAUCGGCGAGGCCGGCGACUUCGGCGGCUGGUUCUGCCCCUGCCACGGCUCCCACUACGACAUCUCGGGUCGGAUAAGAAAGGGUCCUGCGCCCCUCAACCUCGAGAUCCCCGAGUACGACUUCCCCGAGGACGGCCUGCUGAUCGUCGGUUGA